AUGGAGUGCAAACAUCCAGUGGAGGAAACUAAGGCCAAAUUCAUCUGUAAGGAAUCAGAGGGGGAAUGUCCAGAAAGGACAUACGCUAAGAUGCAGAAUGAAUGGCAGCAAAAUGAGGGAUUUUCUCUGUAUGACGACACCAGCAGAGGGUCUCUAAAGGUAUUCUUCAGAAAUCUGUCAGAAGGGACCUACAGGUGUGGAGUGGAUGUAUCAGAGUUUACUGAACAAUACAUAGAAGUGAAAGUGGAGGUGAAGGAAGAUCCCUGUUGUGUGAAGAUCAUCUCACAGGCUGGUAAUAUCGGUGACACUCUCACAAUCACCUGUGAGCACCCACCGACACUCAGAGCCAAUCUAAAGCACUUCUGCAAAGAGGACCAGAAUCUCAUCUGCGAAGACAUCAGAGCUGCGAGGAAAUAUUCUUUAUCUGACCACAGCCAACCAGGACUCUUCAUAGUGACCAUCAGCAAUCUGACCCUCAGUGAUGCUGGAGUGUACUGGUGUGGAGUAGAGACCAGUGAAGGAGACAUUACUUACACUUCCCUGACCAUGAGCGUAAGACUCAACAUAAAUAAUCCAUCUUUACCAGCGGGACUCUACCCUGCUGUGGGUGUCAGUGCUGCACUGCUGGGUUUUGCAUUGCUGCUGGUCAUUUGGUUGAAAAGAAAAAAAUCCUCACUGUCAGACUCUUUCUACACCAGACCUCCAACCAGUAGAACAGUGAGUAAAAAAGCUCAGGGGCAAACUGAGAAUUUUCUGUAG